UUUUUAAAUUGCAGAAAUAGCAUCAUUAUCAACCGUUUCAAAUCAUUUCGUUGAUCAUUGAACUUUGUUUCAUCAUUGACGAACAAAUAGUUAAUAGCAACAAUAUUCAUAAGUACCAGCCAUUUGGUUAGAUAAAUAUUACAUAUUUUUAAACGAAUACAUACAUGCGUAGAUACUAGAUUUAUAUAACAUGUAAGUGUGUGAAUAUUUUAUUCGUAUUUUUGAACCUAACAUUCGAUAUAGGAAAGUGACAGAUAAUGAUACUAUACAAAAUUGAAAGAAUAAUAACUCAAAUGAAAUGAGUGCUGGUUGGAAGGAUGAUGAAGUUGGUAUAAAUGAAACAGACGUAACAUAUAAAACAGUGGAAAUGUCAAAUGAAACUCAAUUUGAAAACAAAACAGUGCAACAAAAUGAUAGAGGCAGAAAAAGUGUCUCUGAAGGAAAUGAGAAUAAAGAAUUGGCUAUUGUCGAUUCAGCCAUGUUAACGGAACCAUCCACUUCACAAGACAGUAUUUUGCCUUUUUUCAUUGAUAAUGGAUCAACCUCUGGAGAACAAAAUGAAACUGAGGGGUGCAUUAGCAAAGACAAUAGCAAUGGAGUCUCAAUGGAAAAUCUUGAAAAUAAUUCAGAUGAAGAUUCUAGUAGACAGAGACUGAUUCAAGCUUCAUCCAGUUCAUCGAUGUCUGAAGAUGAUAGUAUGGACAGUACUGCAGAAUCUUACUCUAUUGGUCAACUAAUAGACAAUAAUAGUGAAAUUUCAAUGGAAUAUCUUGGAGACAGUUCAGAUGAAGAUUCUAGUGGACAGAUGGCCGAAGUGUAUAGUCCAUGCCUUAAAUCCAGGCAGGACUAUAUAAGGUUCUUUGAUGCUUAUUCCAAUAUGGAACGUGAGAUCCGCUUUGACAAUGAAGCUAGGCCGAAGCACAAGUGGUUCGUGAUACCAGAGCUUACUUCUCGCGAACGAGGUUGCAAUCCAUUAUUUCAUCGGAACUGUUAUGGUUCCUUACAUGUUGCGGAACGUCUGGAACUUACGCAUAGACUCGAUGAACAUCAGGGCUGCGUGAAUGGCUUAAAUUUUAAUCAGGAAGGUAAUCUACUGGCCAGUUGUUCUGACGAUUUAACUGUGAUUAUAUGGGACUGGGCAGUAGGAAAGAAACGCCACAUUUUUGAUACGGGUCAUACAAGUAAUGUUUUUCAGUCCAAGUGGUUACCGUUCAACGUAGAAUUUUUAAUGACGUGUGCUCGUGACGGUCAAGUACGACUAUUAGAUAUCAAUCGUGGUGCAUCCCGUAACCUUGCAACUCAUAGUGCACCAGCUCAUAAACUAGAUAUUCAUCCCGACACGCCACAUGUCGUUUUAUCUGCCGGCGAAGAUGCUAAAGUGCUGUCUAUUGAUGUUAGGGAUAAUAAAGCAACGGAAUUAACAGUGGUGAGAGAUGGUAUCUACAAUGUAAGAUUGCAUAGCGUUCAGUCGCAUCCUAUGAACAGCAACGAAUUUUGUGUUGGUGGAGUUGCACCUGAAGUUAGAAUUUACGAUCGACGAAAAGCAUCCACACCGCUGCAUAAACUUUGUCCUGCACAUCUAAUUGAAAGUUACGAAAACGUGCCCGUGACUUGUGCUGUAUAUAAUUAUAACGGAACUGAAAUUCUGGCAAGUUAUACCAAUGAGUUGAUAUACUUGUUUGAUGCUGUCUCACCAAAACUUGGAGAUUUUGUGCAUAGUUAUGAUGGCCAUACUAAUAUUAUUACUGUAAAAGGUGUCGCUUUCUUCGGACCAAAAAGUGAAUUUGUUAUAUCUGGAUCAGAUUGUAGAGAUAUAUUUGUUUGGGAUAAGGAAACUGAAGUGAUUAUCAAUUCGAUGCGUGGAAACAAACGAGGAGUCACAAAUUGUUUGGAAACUCAUCCUCAUAUUCCCGUUCUUGCUACAAGUGGGAUAAGGUAUGAUGUGAAGAUAUGGGCCCCAUCCAAUGACCAUCCUACCAUUUUCGAACACUUUGAUACUGAAUUUAUGGGGCGAAAAGUAUAGAAUACGAAGAGCAUACUUUUAUAAGUUAUAGUAGAAGAAGUAUCGAUUGGCGAAUAUAACUCGAUAACGUCUUGUUUAAUACUGAAGAUUCAUUUAUAUCAUGGAAUAGUGUAUUCAAAAUAGUGAUACUCAUGGGAAUGACGACGAUAAUAACGUUAGAGAUAGUCAUCCACAUAGAACAAAAAGACUGCAACGUUCUCCAUACAAGAGGUAUUGAAUGAAACGUUUUGCUUUUCGUAAAAUUAACAUCUGCACGAUAUUUUGAUGAAUGAUAAAACAUUAAAAUUAUAGUAAAGAAACAUAAAUUAAACAGUUUCUUGAUUUAUUCUUUUUUACCAGUUUAGUAACUUAUAUAUGUUGUAUACAUCACUUCUUCUUCUUCUUAUUAAUAAUACUCUUGUAGUUCUAAGGACUAGCGUACGGACUGUUGUUAAGAACGUGUACAAUAUUAAGUGGUGAUAAGGAACAAGACAGUUACAUUUACUAAAUUUUUACUCGAUAUACACGUUCAUUUUUGCUCGUUAAUUCAAGUAAAAAAUUUGAACUAUCUUUGAACGAGUUGUUUAGUAAUUAUUAGUUUUGUAAUCCUAGUGUGUACAUUUAAUUAUUGUGAAUAAAAAUGCAUUAAGCGGUUUCACAAAAGUGUUUAAAAUUGUCACUAAUUCUUUCAUAUAUUAAAAUAUUUAUUUGCCCUGGAUAACCAGCUUAAGGUACAGUAAUACAUUGCUUUUAGAUGAUUUUUAAGUAUAAGUAAAAGUAAUUACGUAAAAUAACGUUAGUCUGAAAUAUGGAAAUGUAAUGUAUUGCCUAUUAAAUGUGUAACAUGAAAUAAAACAUUUUAAAAAGGA